CAAGGGCACAAAGGAGCGACAACAAGAGCCACCAGUCAGAAGAAGAGGAAAGACAACACUGAAGGAGAAACACUGAUCAACUUUUUAACUUUUUGUCUAACUGAGCACUUGUUCACUGCAAGAGCUCUUAGUGUUUACAUUUUUUGUAACAUUUUGCAGCAAUCUACAGCAGAUCUCAUAAUGAGGUUCUGUGCUUUAGCUGUGUGUUUAUUUUUGGGGAUAAGCAUACAGGAUGGAUGGAGCCAUCCCCUCAAGUCCGUCUCUGUCACUUUCCCAGGAGACAUCAUCAAAAGCAUGACUGAUACGGAGCUGGCAGAAGGUUAUCUGAAUAAGUUUGGCUACAUGGAAACACAUCAUCGCAGUGGCUUCCAGUCUAUGGUGUCCACUUCCAAGGCUUUGAAGAGGAUGCAGAGGCAGAUGGGGCUGGAGGAGACUGGAGAGCUGGAUAAGUCCACACUGGAGGCCAUGAAGCGACCACGCUGCGGGGUUCCUGAUGUGGCCAACUACAAAACAUUUGAUGGAGAUCUCAAAUGGGACCAUCAAGAUGUCACCUAUAGGAUCAUUAACUAUACCCCCGACAUGGAGAUGUCUCUGAUUGACGACGCCUUUGCCAGAGCCUUCAAGGUGUGGAGUGAUGUGGCCCCUCUGACUUUUACCCGCCUCUUUGAUGGGACAGCUGACAUCAUGAUUUCAUUUGGAAAAAACGACCACGGAGACCCAUACCCAUUUGAUGGUAAGGAUGGACUUCUGGCCCAUGCUUAUCCCCCGGGUGAGGGUAUUCAGGGUGACGCCCACUUUGACGAUGAUGAGUACUGGACCCUGGGAGAAGGACCAGCUGUGAAGACUCUCUAUGGGAAUGCUGAUGGUGCCAUGUGCCACUUCCCUUUCACUUUCGAGGGCAAAUCCUACACCACCUGUACCUCUGAAGGGCGUUCGGACAACCUGCCAUGGUGCUCCACCACAGCAGACUACAGCAAAGACAAGAAAUUUGGCUUCUGCCCAAGUGAACUGCUGUACACAUUUGGAGGAAACGCAGAUGGAGAAAAGUGUGUCUUCCCCUUUGUCUUUCUGGACAAAGAAUAUGACAGCUGUACCACUGAGGGCCGUGAUGAUGGCUAUCGCUGGUGUGCCACCACAAGCAACUUUGACACUGACAAGAAAUAUGGGUUCUGUCCCAGUCGUGAGACCGCUGUAAUUGGUGGAAAUUCUGAGGGAGAGCCCUGCCACUUCCCCUUUGUGUUCCUGGGUAAAGAGUACGACUCCUGCACUAGUGAGGGACGAGGAGACGGCAAGUUGUGGUGCGGUACCACUGACAGCUAUGAUGAAGAUCAGAAAUGGGGUUUUUGUCCUGACAAAGGUUACAGUCUGUUCCUGGUGGCAGCCCAUGAGUUUGGUCAUGCACUCGGCCUGGAUCACUCAAACAUCAGAGAGGCUCUGAUGUACCCCAUGUACAGCUUCGUGGAAGACUUCUCCCUUCAUGAGGACGACAUUGAAGGCAUUCAAUAUCUCUAUGGGCGCAAAGACGGCCCUGAUCCCACCCCACCUCAGCCCAACACCCCCCCCACUACCGCCUACCCAGACCCUGAUGAGACUUCCACUACCCCCAAACCUGUUGAUCCGAGCAUAGAUGCCUGCAAGUUGAACAAAUUCGACACCAUCACUGUGAUUAAUGGAGAGCUACACUUCUUCAAUGAUGGACAAUACUGGAAGAUGUCUAGCGGGAGAGAUGGAGGGCUCAAGGGACCAUUUUCUAUUUCUGAGAGUUGGCCCGCUCUGCCAGCAGUCAUCGACUCUGCCUUUGAGAACACUCUGACCAGGAAACUGUACUUCUUCUCAGGGACACGAUUCUGGGUGUACACAGGGAAGAGUGUUCUGGGUCCCCGCAGCAUUGAGAAGCUUGGCCUCCCUAACAGUGUUCAGAAGGUGGAGGGAGCACUGCAGAGGGGAAAAGGCAAAGUGCUGCUCUUCAGUGGGGAGAACUACUGGAGGCUUGAUGUGAAAGCCCAGAAAAUCGACAAAGGGUACCCCAGAUACACAGAUGCCGUCUUUGGUGGCGUCCCCAAUGAUGCUCAUGAUGUGUUCCAGUACAACGGACACAUGUACUUUUGCCGGGACCGCUUCUACUGGCGUAUGAACUCCCGCAGGCAGCUAGGAGAGUCUCAUGGCGCCCGACUAGAAUGAAGCAACAAUUAUCGGUUACUAUUUUCUGUCCGUAACGCAUCUGAACUAAAGGAUACCUUUCUACUCGAACACAAACGUCCUGUUGGCGUCAUGUUUCUAAAUAACUUGACGGCUGAUGUCACCGAACAGGUCACAACAGACCAGACCACAAGUGAACUGUCCAAACCCAAAAUAGAGACACUUGAUCACACCAAAGAGAUCAUGGAUUCAGAGGAGAAUGAGGUGGAGAGCAGCAGUGAUGCUGGUCCUUCGGGGAUGGAGGAGCCGUCUGAAAGCGGCAUGGGAGUGGAGUCAUCAGAGGCCAUGUCUGCAGACAGCAGUGAUGCAGCUGCCUCUCAUGCACAGGCCCCUGAGUCUGACUGCCAUGUGGGACAGAGCUCAGAGGGACUUGUGGUGUUCGCCUCAGAAACCAGCUCCAGUACAGAUGCCAGAGUUUCAUCAGUCCAUCUCCCAGACUCCUCCUCAGUGGCUCAGUCCACCAGUGUGUCCAGCGUCUCGACAGUGACUCAGUCGGUGCUGGUGUCUGAUUCAGCCCAAGUGCUGGUCCACUCCAGUGCUGCGUCUGAAGGAUCCAUGAUGGUUUCUGACUCCACUGCUUCUACCUCAUCAGAUCUCGGGUCUGCCAUUGACAAGAUCAUAGAGUCCACCAUCGGCCCUGACAUCAUGAAUGGUUGCAUAGCUGUGACCAGUGCAGAAGAUGGAGGUGCAGAAACAACCCGAUAUUUGAUAUUACAAGGACCAGAUGACGGAGCUCCUAUGGUAGCCCCAAUGUCAUCUUCAGCCCUCUCUGAUCGUAUAGCCAUAGAAGCUCUUUCUGAAGGACCCACCUCCACCUGUCUGGACCAGGGAGACAUGCAGGGCCACCCCGAACCUGAUCAGCCGGGUCACUCGGGUUACCCAGAGGACAGCAGCAGUCAGCCUGACCAGCCCCAGCACUCCCACCCUUCCCAGUACAUGGACUGCAGUGCAGAUGGUCCAGACCAGACAGGUGAGUCUUCAUCUUCGUAUGUGGAGUGUUCAGGCGAGGAGCCCGACCAGACCCGCUCCCAGUCUGGUUUCCCUGACUACAGCGGGGAUAACAGUGACCAGGACCUGCCUGGAUAUGUGGAGUGCAGUGGGGCUGACUCGAACCCAACCAGCCGGGGUCACUAUGUUGUAGAGUGCAGUGCUGGGUACAUGGAGUGUACAGUGGACGGUGGGGUGCGACCGCAUCAUUCACGCAGUUACAUUGACAGUAGUGCAGACCACCGGACUCAGACAUUAAGACAAUAUGUUGCCCAGUAUGUAGGGGAGUGUGUUGCAGCUGCAGACUCCGAGCAACCAGGAUGCUCUCGGUAUCAAGCAAGGGACGAUGAUGAAGAUGAUGAGAACAACCAGGUUCCAGACCAGCCGCAGCACUCUCAACAGCAACCCCAGCACUCCUGUUACAUGGCGAGCAGCAACGGCCCAGAGGCCUCCAUCUAUGAGGGUGACAGCUCCUCUUCGGACCACCCUCUGGCAGACACAGCAGGUUCAGUUGGGCUUCCUGAGGCAUUGGAGUGCAGUGAGAGCCAGUCUGGGACCUACAUCAGCAGCAGUGGGACUUACACCUCUAAUGCAGAACCUGAGCUAGUCCAACAGUGCUCACCCAGCCAAGACGAGCCCCAGGGUUCCCAGGGGCAUCAGGAUGAAGCAGGGUUGUCCAGGGAGAUGGAGACUUCAACAGUGCCAGAAGGCUCAGGACACAGAGCACCAAACCUGGCUGAGCUGGAGGAGAUGAUGGAAGUAGUGAUUGUUCAGCAGUUCAAGUGUAAGAUGUGUCCAUACAAGAGUGCCUCCAAAGACACACUCAUCAACCACAUGAGAGACAAACACUUCAAACCUGCAGGGGAAAUGUCAAAAAAGCGUAAACGAGGAAGGCCUCCUAAAAGUGAGACGUUUGCCCGUCGUCAGGCAGAGAGGGAGGAAGCUGAAGAGAGGAAGGCAGCAAAAGCUGAGGCUGCUCAGCCCAAACAAGCAGAAGAAGAGGAGGAUGAUAUUGUGGAUUCGGGUGCUAUUGAUGAUGCUGAAGAGGAUAGUGAUUACACCCCAGCAGAUGAGGAUGGCAAAGGAAGACCACCUGCCAUUUUAAAGAAAUCUGCUCCUCCAAUCUCUUCAUCCUCUCAUGGUCGUCCUAGGCGUAAGGUUGGCCGUCCAAGGAAGUAUAGUCUUAUAGAAGAAGGCUACAGCAACAAAGAAGCAGAAAGUAUUGCUAAGAAGCCCAGGGUUAGUGCGGAUGGUAGUUCACCUGAAGAGGCAAGUUCGUCCGGACUACACAACAGUCCUACCAUGGUGAACGAUGGAGACACAGCCGAGGUAGCAAUAAGCCAAUCAGACUCUGAGAACAAAGACCCUUCAUCCAACACACAGCCAGAGGAAUUUUUUCAGAGGAAACGUGGUCGGCCCUCCAAGCGGUUUCUUCGCAAGAAGUAUAAGAAGUAUAUAAACCGAAAUCGGUACUAUAAAUCUUUGAAACCGCUCCUGAGACCUCAUAAUUGCUGGAUUUGUGGCUCACGCUUCCUCACUCAAGAGGAUUUGCGCUUUCACGUGGACUCUCAUGAAGGCAAUGACCCAGAGCUCUUCAAGUGCCUGCAGUGCAACUAUCGCUGCAAGCGCUGGUCUUCACUUAAGGAGCACAUGUUCAAUCAUGAGGGCAUCAAGCCGUUCAAGUGUGAAGAGUGUGAUUACACAAGUGUUUACAAGAAAGAUGUUAUUCGCCACUCAACAGUCCACAACAAAGAUAAAAAGAAAAAGACAGAGUUGGUACCAAAAGUGUCAGAGUUCCUCUGCCCUGUGUGUCACAGAGUUUACCCCAUGCAAAAGAGACUGACCCAGCACAUGAAGACCCACAGCUCAGAGAAACCACACAUGUGUGAUAAGUGUGGAAAAUCCUUCAAGAAACGGUACACAUUCAAAAUGCACCUACUAACCCACAUCCAGAGUCUAGGAGACAGCAAGUUCAAGUGUGAAUUUUGCGAUUACACUUGUGACAACAAGAAACUGCUGCUCAACCAUCAGCUGUCCCACACCAAUGACCGGCCCUUUAAGUGUGACUACUGUAAAUACUCCACUUCCAAAGAGGAGUUCCUGGUCUCCCAUCUGGCCAUCAAACACACAGGAGAGAAGCCUUUCUCUUGUGAUCUGUGCCACUUCACGACCAAGCACAGGAAGAACUUGCGUCUACAUGUGCAGUGUCGCCACCCUGAGACGUUUGACGAGUGGUCUGUAGCCCACCCUGAGGAGCCGGUCAGGAGGCGACGCAGACCCUUCUUCACCCUGCAGCAGAUAGAGGAGCUCAAACAACAACAACCCGAUGACGCGCAGGAUUUGCAGAACACUAUUGUUGCAGUGGAUUCUGCAACACUACAAGCCAUGCAGGGUUUGGAAAAUGCAUCUGUGUCCCAGGACGCUAUGGGAAACACCACCAUCAUCUAUGAACAAGCUGAAUCCAGUGAUCAAUCUGCCCAGAAUGCCCUUGACCUGCUGCUGAAUAUGAGCAAUGCCCGGGAACUGGUGGGCAACGCCUUACAGGUUGCAGUCCUUAAGUCGGAAGGCAAACCUUUAGAAAAGGGCACAUGGAGUGCAGUGACCACAGCACCGGGACAGGCACAAAAGGUUGUGACCUUCCACGUUUCGGAGAACGGUGAGACGGUGCUACAAGAGGCCUUUGAGGCAGCCACUUCUGAAACAGGAGGGCUCGCCCAGAUUGCUAUCGAAGCCUACGAGAGUGGAGGGGACUUCAGUGUGGUGGAACAGGCGGCCGAAGAGAUCCACAGCCCUGGAUACAGUAACGAAGAGGGCAGUCCUUGUCAGGCUGUAGAAGUCUCCGAAUCAGAGAGCAUGAAGAGUGACAAGUACUACCUUACGUCAGCACUACCUGAUGGUGUUCUGCAACAGGUGGAGCUGAGCAGCGAAGCUCCAGCUUCUCCCUCUGCCAUGGGCUCUCCCGGUUUGAGCACAAAGAGGUUUUCCUGCCGUAUAUGCAUGGAGUCUUUUCACGGGCGCUCUGACAUGGAGAACCACAAGAGGGCGCACAUAGACCCCAACACCUUCAAGUGUCCUGAUUGUGAUUAUACCUCUACCUCCUGGCUCGAGGUCAAGACUCACAUGGAGCUGCAUUCCUACCUACGCCCUCACAAGUGUCCAAGCUGUAGUUUUGCCUCCAAGAACAAGAAAGACCUGCGCCGACACAUGAUGACACACACCAAUGAGAAACCGUUCUCCUGCAACCUUUGUGGACAAAGGUUUAAUCGUAAUGGCCAUUUGAAGUUUCAUAUGGAGCGUCUCCACAGUCAGGAUCAUCCCGCUCGCAAGACGCGAACUGGCACAUCUCAGCAAACCAUCAUAGUGAACAGUGAUGAGGAGGCCCUGGCAACACUACAGUCCCUACAGGCUCAUCAAGCGGUGAUCACCCCAGAGCGGUUGCAGGCUUUGGGACAGGAGCAUAUCAUUGUAGCACAGGAACAGGGACUAUCAGACCAGGAGGAAGGGACAUACAUCCAGCAGAUAACCACCAUAGAUGGACAAACAGUUCAGCACCUGAUGACAGGAGAGAACCAGGUGACUGAGGUUCAGUAUAUCAUCUCACAAGAUGGAGUGCAGCACUUAAUCCCUCAGGAGUAUGUAGUCUUAGCUGAUGGCAACCACAUACAGAUGCAAGAUGGACAGAUCAUUCAGUAUGAGCACGACGGGACCUUUCUGCAGGAGCAACAGAUUGCUGUCAGUCAUGAUGGUCAGAUCCAGUAUAUACCCGUGAGCUCGGGGGAACAGAUUGUGAAUCCUGAAGAUAUGGAGGCCGUCGCCCACUCUGCUGUCACAGCUGUAGCAGACGCAGCCAUGACGCAGACGCAGACAGUCUACACUGAAGCUACACCCGAACAGCUGGAGCAACUCCAGCAGCAAGGCAUCCAGUACGAUGUCAUUACUUUCACAGACGAAUUGAGCGUCACACUGAAAAUGAAGUUUUCCGUUGUCUUAUUUCUUUUAUUAGAUCUCCCUCAUCUAAAAGGGCAGCAGAGGAUCGAGGAGUUUGAACAAGUUCUGCUGAGAUUCAACUUCCCUUCCUUUUACAAUAAUUACAGCAAGUCCUGCUGUAAACUCUAUCCAGGAGGAUGUUACAAGCUGCUGGACAGUGCUGGAUUUACCUGUGAUUUACUGAAAGGAAGAGUUACAGCAACUGAAAAGGACGGAUGGAUAGAAUUCAAAAUAUCUAAAGUUCGGUUUGAGGACGGAGGCUAUUACAGAUGCAUUGUGCUAGGAACUCCAAACUUCAUCUACAGUGAUUACUAUGUUGAGGUGUCUGAGGUUUCAGGUCACCAUAGACCUUUACUGACAACAACUGUCAGCAUUUCCACAACACUCCCAGACUCCACCGGGCCGGCUGUGGCACCAGACCGCAGUGACAGUCCCAGGGUUCCCUGGAGUUUUGGUGUGCCACUUGCUGUCAUUGUGUCCAUUACAGUGAUGAUGUUGAUCAUUUCAGUUAUUGGUGUGGUUUGUUGCAGGGUCAAGGCAAAACGUAAACAGACGAACAAAUAUGGAGAAACUCAGUGUGAGUCACUGAAGCAAGAGGCCCCGGAAAUCAGUAGCAUUGUAUACACAACAGUGGACUUCAGAGCCAACAAGAAACCAACAGAGGUGUAUGCGAACCUGAUGAAGCACAAAACACAAGUGGGAGCCCCCGACUCAACCAGGAGCACAGAGCCUGAUGGGAUGGUGGAGUACUCCACACUGGCAAUCCAUCAGUGAAUACCUGUGAACGUUUAGUUUAGUUUCUGAUAUUGAUAGGAUCGAUUUAAUUUGUUCCACCAAUGUACUUUUGAAAAUAACUCCAUUUGACACUCAUCAUACUGAAAAGAUUAAAACAUACAUUCGGCUAGUAGAGCUCGACCCAUGCUGGGUUAAAUCAACAUCAUCUUUGUUUUCUUAAUCAGUUGUGAGUUAUGAUCGUUCAAUAUGAAAGGUCCAUUAUAGGGGGAUUUAAAUUUAAAAUAUGGAAUAUGAUUUUUAUUAUAAUCUUAUCCUCUUUGUAUAUAAUCAUCUCACAAAGAGAUGUUGUGUUUUCUUCUGAUAAAGAUCCUUUCAUAUGGGAGCUGAUCCUCCUCUAAGAGUCCACUAUGUCGCACAUUUGUAUUUUACCGUAGCCUACAAAGUGUUAACCAAGCUAAAACUAGCUAUAGACAGGGCCUUUCGCAUUUAUGUUAUACCUGAAGGCCACUGCCACUCUCUUAGAUGCUUGGAAAUGCAGGUGUGAGCUGAGGGGUGUUUCAUUUGAU